AUGGCUGAUACAGCGACAAAAGUGUACGAGAUAGUAGUGCUAGGCGGCAACUUUGGCGGCCUUGGCGCCACACAUUAUCUUCUUCGCCAUACUAUCCCAAGCCUUCAAAGGACCAACAAAGGCAGUCUCUUUCAUAUCACGCUUGUAUCACCAAACAGGCAGGCCUACUUCAAAAUUGGUAGCCCGCGUACGCUGGUCCAGCCCAACCUGCUACCGGAGGCCAGGCUCUGGAAGCCACUAUCCGAGGCCUUCGCGCAGUACCCAUCGGACCAAGUCACAGUCGUGCAAGCCGUGGCCACCGGCUUGUCUUCCCAUGAACGAACCGUCACUGUUACGCACAGAGGGCCGGACGCGUCGGUGGCGUCAGAGAGCAUGAUCCCUUACGACGCGCUCCUAAUUGCUACCGGCACCACCGCGCCAAGUCCGCUGUGGACUCUGCACGAGGACGAGUCGCUCACGUCGCGGGAAUUCGAGGCGGUGCAGAAGGCACUCCCCACGGCCAAGACCAUACUGGUAGCUGGAGGAGGACCCGUAGGCAUCGAGACCGCUGGCGAACUGGCCUCCGCCUACCCUUCAGCAGAAAUCACCCUCCUGUCCGGUGGGUCCGGCUUGCUCCCGCGCGUGAGAAGCAAGAUCGGCGCGAGGGCGCAGAGCUAUCUGCAAGAUCAUUUCGGGGUCAACGUGGUUCAUGACUUGCGGGUGUCGAGCACAUCUGCCGGAGGCCCAGGCACGGGCCCCACAGAAGUCACCCUGAGCGACGGCACGACACGGCCCGUAGACCUUUAUAUCGACGCCACGGGCGGCGUGCCGAACUCGCAGUUCCUGCCUCCGGGCUGGCUGGAUGUCACGGGUCGAAUCAACACGCGGGACGCCCACUUCCGCGUUCAGGGUGACGCUGGCGAUGGCGUCUACGUGCUGGGCGACAUCGUCGCGGGGAGCAACAACACGCUCUUCGACCUCGACGCCAUGGUGCCGACCGUCUGCUCGGCGGUUGCCGUAGACCUGGCGGCGCUGCUGAGCCCGGGGGCGCAACCAGCUUCCCGACCGGGUCUCUUGGGCAUAUUCUUCGGGGGCGGCGGUUCUGCUUCGGGCGUGCCGGCGGAGAAGGAGUUUAGCCCCAUGAGGGAUACGAUGCUCGUUCCAAUGGGCACGGGCGGUGGCGUGGGCAUGGUGAUGGGGUGGCAGGUGCCCAGCUGGUUCGUCCGGAUGGUGAAGUCUAAGUCGUAUCUGAUAGAUAUGUUCGAUCCCGUAGUGGCUGGAAGCAAAUGGGGGAAGGCGUAA